UCAGCUGAUAUCUCAAAGUGCUGUACAGAAACCCAGCCUAAAAUCCCAAACAGCAAGCAAUGCAGGUGUAGAAGCACGGCAUCUUGGAAAAACUCCCUAGGAAGGCCAAAACCUAGGAAGAAACCUAGAGAGAAACCAGGCUAUGUGGGUGGCCAGUCCUCUUCUGGCUGUGCCGGGUGGAGAUUAUAACAGAACAUGGCCAAGAUGUUCAAAUGUUCAUAAAUGACCAGCAUGGUCAAAUAAUAAUAUUCACAGGCAGAACAGUUGAAACUGGAGCAGCAGCACAGCAGCACGGCCAGGUGGACUGGAGACAGCAAGGAGUCAUCAUGUCAGGUAGUCCUGAGGCAUGGUCCUAGGGCUCAGGUCUUCCGAGAGAGAGAAAGAAAGAGAAUUAGAGAGAGCAUACUUAAAUUCACACAGGACACCGCAUAGGACAGGAGAAGUACUCCAGAUAUAACAAACUGACCCUAGCCCCCUGACACAUAAACUACUGCAGCAUAAAUACUGGAGGCUGAGACAGGAGGGGUCAGGAGACACUGUGGCCCCAUCCGAUGACACCCCCGGACAGCCCCCGCACCACUAGAGGGAUAUCUUCAACCACCAACUUACCAUCCUGAGACAAGGCUGAGUAUAGCCCACAAAGAUCGCUAACCCAGACAGGAAGAUCACAUCAGUAACUCAACCCACUAAAGUGACGCACCCCUCCUAGGGACGGUAUGAAAGAGCCCUAGUAAGCCAGUGACUCAGCCCCUGUAAUAGGGUUAGAGGCAGAGAAUCCCGGUGGAAAGAGGGGAACCGGCCAGGCAGAGACUGCAAGGGCGGUUCGUUGCUCCAGAGCCUUUCUGUUCACCUUCACACUCCUGUGCCAGACUACACUCAAUCAUAAACCCAUCUCUUUAAAAAUGUAAUGCAGUAUAUUUCAAUCUAGCAAACCAAGCAACUAAAAGUAACUUUCUAAACAAUGUUUUUGUUAGUUUCUAGCUUUUUAGCUAGCUAGCUGGCUAGCCAGUUCAAAUAAUGACCAUGUCAUAGCUGUCAAUGUCUUAAAUAAAGCACAUUUUUAUUCAUUAUUUAGGGUGUACAUCCAUAAUUAUUUUAUUCAAUGUUUAUAAAAUAUAUAUGCAUUCAAUAGAGAAUUGCAUCAAUAGUCCAAACUCUGUUUCUACCAUAUCAUUCACAAGGUAGGCUAUUUACUCUGAGAAAUUUGAAUGAUUAGAGUGAAUAGAAUGUUAUUAUGGCCAUGGUCAAAAAGUGGUCACUGCUCAAUAGAACUCUCUCACUGCGCAGCCUUCAAACGUCAACGGACAAGCUAGCUAGUCGCUGCAGGUUCCUGUGUGAUAACAUGGGGUUUUCUGAAAGGAAAUCUGCGGAAUACAAACUAAAUUGGGUCUAUAUAUUUAUUAAUUUACAAAGCUAAGACUUAAUUUUAAUAUCUACCUUCCCCGGAGACAAUCUGUGGCAGUUUUCAUAGUUAUUGCUAAGUAUUUCCCAUUAAAUCACCAUGGAAACAUUGUCUUUUUAUAUAUAGAGAUUUUUUUCCACAAAAGUAGUACACUGGCCUUUACUAGUACUGUAUUAGCGGACCGCUGUAGGGAGGGCAAAUUGUAUAUUAAAAAAUAUAUAUAUAUAUACACACACACACACACAUCUUCCCGCUGCUAUGUCCACAGAGUAUAAAUUAAGUGUUUUGACUAGCGACACUUGUCGCAUUCAAAUUGUCUAAAGACAUGUUGAUAGACAAAGUAUAAACCAGCCUAUAUAUUGUUGACAGACAAAGUAUAAACCAGCCUAUAGAUUGUUGACAUCUAAACUAUAUUUCAUCUCCACUGUUUAUUGAAAACAAAUAUAUUUGCACAAUGAGCACUUGUCUCUCAUGCAACAGUUGUUGGUUAGCUAGGGAAUUUUAGCCAUAUUAGCAUAGAUGUGACAUGAGUCAAAACAAGACAUGGUAGCAAUAACAACCUACGAUUCCCCACAUGGCAGCAUCUUUUUAUUGUUGUUAGCAAUCUGACCAAUGGCCAUCCAGAAUCUCAACAACACACAUCAGGACAUCUGCCCUAUUGGAGUGUGAUUUAUUUUUUUGGACCUUUAUUUAACUAGGCAAGUCUGUAAAUAAGAAUUUGUUCUUAACUAUGACGGCAUAGGAACAGUAGGGUUAACUGCCUUGUUCAGGGACAGAAAGACAGAUUUUUUACCUUGUCAGCUCGGGGAUUCGAUCUUGCAACCUUUCGGGUUACAAGUCCAGCGUUUUAACCACUAGGUUACCUGCCGCCCCUGUGCGUACAAACCGCCACCGUAGAUUUUUCAACUGACCUGUUCUUGGCAAUACUUUUUCCACCGAAUUGAGAACGAAGAAAGUAUCUUAGAAAUGUCAUUUGCUGGUGGUUAUACAAAAAACACACAUUCAGAAAAAUUAUAAAUCCAUGUUUUGUAUGGAGUGAGAUAUGCUUUUAGCAUGUGUGUAGUUCUUUGUUUUGGUCGCGCUAUAUAAUGCGCUGUCAUCUACUUCUACACAUGGCCGCGUUGCAUAGAAACUACUAGUUUCUGCAAAGAUGCUGCGAAAUCCUAGAUGUGCGCCAGCUAAGCUGGCGAGGAACCAUCUUGCACGGUAUAGAACAUGGAUUUAUUAUCUUUUGAGUUUUCGCUGGUUUUUGUAGAGCUGCCGGCAAUUCAAAACAGGCAUUCUAAAGAUACUUCUUUGUUCUCGAUUCAGGGGAAAAGUAUCACAGAGAACAGGUUAGUUGAAAAAUCUAUGGCGUGGGUUUGUAUAGGGCCUCUUCAAUAGGCCCAGUAAUGGACACCAACAAUCUUUGGUUAUAUCACAUUAUCCGGCGUAAACUCUGUAGCCAUUCAUUAGCCAGUUAUAAUGUAUCAAGCUCUUCAACAUGGCACCACCCAUGUGAGAGUACUGUCUAUUUUCUAAAGUUGUUAGUCCUAUAUUUAGUUGCACUGUAAUGGUCCUUCUGCAAAAGCCAUUUUUCUUUAAAGUCGCACAUGAACAAAUGUUAUACUGAGUGGGGCAUUGAAAGGAGUAGCUAAUUUACUUUAAACCCUUGCUCAGAUAUACCAUAGCAGUUCUUCAAUCUUGGUCCAAGGGCUUGACGAACCAGAUGUGCUAGUACUGGGCUGUAACAAAAGCCUGCACACCUUGUGUGACCCUCGGACUAGGAUUAAAGAACACCAUGAUUUUAUAACAUUUUUAGUCUUCAUUCAUCAUAUUCUGAUGUUGUGCAUUUCAGAGAAAUCAGUAUACAUAUUUCCUUAACAUUGCUUUGAUUUAAUGCUUUUCAGGUGAGACAACUUAUUUAGUCUGAUUUGAGUGUUUACGAGUCUGGUUUUUGCACAUUUUGACCUCUGUAGCUCUUAUAAAAAAAUCAACCCUUUUUAUCAUCCUUGUCUGUUUUUCGUUAAGGUUGAGUUGGGAAGAAGCAAAAUGGCGGAAGAAGUUUCAGAUAUGAAGUUUGAAGUUGUUAAAGGGCAUAUUUGAUGAAGCUGAUGGUGUUGAUGCAUGCUAAUGUAAAAUGAAGCUGGCAGAAGCGAGCGGCCACGCUGUCCACUGGUAGAGUGAUGUAAUGGCAGAAAUCAAAUGGGAGGAAGGAAGUGGGGGAAGAGGAGAGAAAAAUGAAGUCAGAAAUGGUGUGAAACGGAAGAAAGAAGAAAAGAGAUGGUUGUUUUGAAGUUAUGAAGUUAAAGAAGUGAUGAAGUUAUGAGAAGUGUUCGGGGGAUUCGCGGUCCGCUUCCAGGAGUGUGAGCCCAAGGGGUUCUGGGAAGUCUGCCAGCCGUUCCCCAGCCCAUUCCCCAGCCCGCUCCAAAGAUGGCUCCAGACACUCCAGGUCUAAGUCCCACUCCCGAUCCCGCUCCAAGUCCAGGUCUCGUUCCCAUAGGAGCUCCCGCAGGCAUUAUUCCCGCUCUCGCUCCCGUUCCCACCGCCGCCGUUCCCGUAGCCGUUCCCGAAGCGGGGAAUACCGCCGUCGUCGGAGCCACAGCCACUCCCCCAUGUCCAACCGCCGCAGGCACAUUGGCAACCGGGCCAACCCGGACCCGAACUGCUGCCUGGGUGUGUUUGGUCUGAGCCUGUACACCACAGAGAGAGACCUGAGAGAUGUGUUCUCCAAGUACGGCCCCCUGGCUGACGUCAGCAUCGUCUACGACCAGCAGUCACGACGCUCCCGCGGCUUCGCCUUCGUCUACUUCGAAGUCCGAGAGGACGCCAAUGAGGCUAAGGAGAGAGCUAACGGAAUGGAGUUGGAUGGACGGAGGAUCAGGGUCGAUUUCUCCAUCACUAAACGACCACACACUCCCACUCCUGGGAUAUACAUGGGACGGCCCACAUAUGGUGGCGGCGGCGGCAGCAGCAGCAGCGGAGGCGGUGGAGGAGGCGGUGGAGGAGGAGGAAGUGGCGGCCCCAGCUCAAGCUCAUCUCGCCGUAGCUCGAAGGAUUACGAUCGCGGCGGUGACCGUGGUUACGACAGAGGCUACGACCGUGGCUACGAUCGCUAUGACGACCGAGAGUGCUACAGGUCCUACAGACGCAGGUCUCCGUCCCCGUACUACAGCCGAGGGGCCUACCGGUCUCGCUCCCGCUCGCGGUCUUACUCCCCACGCCACUACUGAGCAGAGGGAGAAGAGGAGCAAGAUUAUACUUUUUGUGGGGUUAGGUCCAGGGGGGGUGGAUGUGGAGUUAGGGCCAGGGGGGGGUGGAUGUGGGGUUUAGGGCCAGGGGGGGUGGAUGUGGGGUUUAGGGCCAGGGGGGGGUGGAUGUGGGGUUUAGGGCCAGGGGGGGUGGAUGUGGGGUUUAGGGCCAGGGGGGGUGGAUGUGGGGUUUAGGGCCAGGGGGGUGGAUGUGGGGUUUAGGGCCAGGGGGGGUGGAUGUGGGUUUAGGGCCAGGGGGGGUGGAUGUGGGGUGCAUAUUUGGGGAGUUUAGGGAAAUGGUAAAGGAUGUAAUUGUGAACUUGAUAAACAGUCAUUUUUUUGUUUAUUUUAGUUAAAUAUGUUCAGUUGGUGGAUUUCUGUUCUUUCAGUCAAUCUUGCAGUUGUGUUGAGAGAAGCUGUCGAUUCGUUAAUCCAGGGUUCUCCCCAGGAUUUUUAAAGACGGUGGUGCUGCUGAGUACAGCGAACACCUGUAAUUCCCAUUUCCUGCCAUCUUUAGCAAAUGUUGGUGGGGUUGUUUUUUUUAUAUAGUGGCGCUGCCAGACCACAAGGUGGCGCAGCGCCCCCUCUUACAUUCUUUAGGGAGAACCCUGUUUAAUCCAUCUGAUCUGUAUUUUGUAUCACCAGGCUCCUUUUUACUGGGUAGAUGUGUUGAAGUACAGUGAUAUUUAGUGCACGAUAGGCUCUAGGGGAGAGGGCCCAAGGUAAAUGCAGCUCUAGGAUCGGAUUACCUUAACCCCAAUUCUAACCUUAACCUUUAGGUUGAUAAAAAAAUAUCUCACCCUUUAUCAGUGGUUAGGGGGUAACUUCUUCCUGCUGUAUGUUCGGGAGAAGAGCCAAGAGCGAGAAGCUCUACCCUAGUUCAGUGCUGUGUGUAUGGGUGUACCAUGAUUUUAAGUCUGCAGUAUUCCAAGCAAUAAAACUGCAUCUUUUCAA